UAUUUUCAUGGCGUUAACAAAUUUGUUGUCGCGCUCUGUAAUUAUGCGAAUAGCAAAAUUUCAGCAUUAUUAAUACGUAGAAAAUUAAGUAAUAAAGGCGUGAAUAUCAAGGAAAGUUACGAUUGGAAAUAGCCCCCUUCUUAAAUUUUAGUCGAUAUAGUAAUUUUUGUCGUAUACGGUUGGUAUGGACCAGCGCCAUUUUAAAUUUAAACUAUUUACAGUAAUUCAAACUUAUUAGAAACCAUGAACAAACUAAUCUAUUUUUUGUGGAAUUACUAACUUUUAGACGCUAUGCAAAAGCAGAUAGUGGUGUAAUUUUGUGAAUUAACGGACAAAUCUGUCAAAAAUAGAAAGUAAUCGAUAGAAACGCGUAACCGCAGACACAGCUGUGACAUAAACAUAACCUAACUUAUUUUGAAAAACAACUCUAUAAUUAUUAUAGUUCCACAAAGAGAUUUUUUAAUCGAAUAAGCAUGGCCAAACAUCACCCCGAUCUGAUUUUCUGCCGCAAACAACCGGGCGUCGCAAUUGGAAGGCUUUGCGAAAAAUGUGACGGUAAAUGCGUAAUUUGCGACUCCUACGUGAGACCGUGCACUUUAGUUCGAAUAUGCGAUGAGUGUAAUUACGGUUCUUACCAAGGCAGGUGUGUGAUCUGUGGUGGUCCGGGCGUCUCCGAUGCAUAUUACUGCAAAGAGUGCACAAUCCAAGAAAAAGACAGAGACGGGUGCCCGAAAAUAGUCAACUUGGGCAGUUCGAAGACAGAUCUGUUUUACGAGCGGAAAAAAUACGGCUUCAAGAGACGUUAGAAUGUGGUUUCUAUGAUAAUAAACAAAUGAUUUUUA